AAUUUGCAGGUCCCUCUCAAACUUCAAUAUCUAUCUCAACUUGUUAUUCUCUCUAAUACUAAACCAAAACAAAGACAAUUACAAAAUGGUCCCAUAAAGCCAUAAACCAAACCCAAACGCAAACCCCCAAACCUUUGCCAACUCCAAUCUUUCUAUCCCAACAGAGCCUCUCCUGUCUCUAGUCAUAAGACCCCAUAAGCCACUGCCUGUGACUGCCCUUCUCAAAACCCUCAAGUCAUGGCCUGCCACCACCACCACCACCAGCAGCACCACCAGCAGCAGCACCAUACCUCCGCCACCUGCUGCUCCACCUGCUCUUGCAGUCAGUGCUUCCAACCAGCACCGGCUUCGUCUCCAUAUCCCCAACAGUCUGACCAUCUUCUACAAGCCCUUUCGUCUCUCCUUCAACCCCAACAAAAUCAUUAUCUAAAUCAAACCCAUCUUCUAAAAUCAUUCCAAGAUCAAAAGUUUGCCACUAAAAACCAUCACUUUCAUCAAAAACAGCAAGAACAACCCGACUUUCUCAUAUCUUCACUUGUGAGCCGUAUCAAUGCUCUUGAAUCAUCACUCCAUAGCUUCUCCAAAGCCUCAAGUUGUUCUUCUUACCCUUCAUUUUCACUUAAAGAUGCAGCUGCUCGUGUAAUCCAAACCCAUUUCAGAGCUUUCUUAGUUCAUAGAUCAAGAACACUUAGACAGCUCAAAGAUCUCGCCUUUAUCAAAUCAAGUCUCAACACUCUCAAGCUUUCAGUUUCCAAUAAUAUCCAUUUUGAUCCCCAAGUUGUUUCUCAAAAAGCCAUGGACUUGCUUCUCAAACUGGACUCUUUUCAGGGUGGUGAUCCAAUGAUUAGAGAUGGAAAAAGGUCAGUUAGUAAAGAUUUGAUUCAGUUUUUAGAAUAUGUUGAUGGGUUAGUUUUAAAAAGGCAUAAGCUCCUAUAUAAGAAUGCAAAAACCAUUAGGGUUUUGAGAAAUGGUAGUAGUAAACCUAAGGUUUUAAGGUCCAAAUCUGGUGAAGUAAUGGAGAAGCUGAGAGACAGAGUUGAAAAACUUGAGAGGUUUUCUACCAUUGAAGAAAGAAAUGAUGUUGUUGAGCUUGAAGGUUUUCAUCAAGGUAUUGAUGAAGCAGAGAAUAAAAAUAAAAAUAAAAAUAAAAAUGGUGAGCUUUUGUUGAAAAGGCAAGGGAUUCAACCAAAAGUGAAGAAAACUGUAAGCUUUGCUGAAAAUGGGAAUGUUUAUAGGAUUAUUAGCAAUGGAGAUGAGGUUAAUUCAAGUGGAGAUGGUAGUUUAACCGAUGAGAGUGUUUCGAGUGAUGAACGUGGAGAUACAAUGGAGAAUCUUGUCAAAGAAAGUGAAGAUUUAGUUGAGAAUUUGGAGGAGGCAAUGAACUUGAACAAACAGGCAAGAAGUAACAGUGUUGAGGACUAUCAGAUUCAAGGUGGUGAUUUUGUGUUUUCUGCUCCAUUGCCUGUGAAGAUGGAAUCUAAAGCUGAUCUAAUGAAGAAGAGGAAUGGGGCGCUCAAAAUUGUUUCAUCAUAGAUAUAUCACCGUUAUGAAGAUUAAAUCUUUAUUGGUUCUUCUUCUUUCAUAUCUGUCAUUCUAAUAGUUAGAGUUCAGAUUGAUGAGUGUGAGACUGUUCCCAUGGAGUUUGUUCUGUGAAUCUCAGGUAAUAUAUUUUUUCACUCCGAUUGAAGAGGGGUUGGUUCGACUUAUUUUUUGUAACUUUGCACUUGAUUGAGUGUUUAAUGUUAGCUGAACUUGGAACUGUCAUUCUUUUCUUUGUUUUGUUGUCUUCACUAUAAUACUCCCAUGUCAAAUGGUAUGCAUAUAUUCGUGUGUUUUCAACUAGUGGGAUGGAGUUCUGGCUUCUUCAUAAUGUAGAUAUAAUUUAGUUUGGGGUUAAUAUAUGUAAGAGGUACUUAAACUUGGCAACUUAUAUCUACUCGGUACCUAAACUUUUUUUUGGA